UAUAUGGCACCUAUGUGAUGGUAAUGUGUAUGUGUGGCGUAUUGUUGGAACCGCACGUGGUGUAAUACUUGCGCAAUAUUUCUGAAAUUGUUCAAUUAAAACAUAAAUUUCAUCAUUUUCUGGUGCAGUGUUUUUGUGGAAGAGCCGGCAUGAAGUUGACUUGCAGCAAAACAAACCCCCUUUUAGGAGGUUUACUAGCAGCUGAACACCUAAAGACUUCGCUGAACUCUAUAGUCAUCGAAUGGGGCGAUGAAAACAGUAUUGUUAAUAAUAAAAAAAUUAUUUGUGAAACCAGUAAUGAGUUCUUGAGGGCUGUAGCGAGAUUAUUUGCGGAGACUGAAUUGUAUGGUUGCACGCCAAUUGAGAAGACGGAAGUUGAUCAUUGGCUGACCUGUUCACUGACUUUGAAAAACUCCAAAAAUGAGUUCGAUUCUACUUUAUCUUUACUCAACAAGUCUUUGGAUGCAGUUACUUUUUUGGCAGGCAAACGGUUAACUAUUGCAGAUUUUGCAGUUUUUGCAGUUCUUUAUAGUUCACAACUUUGGCAAGAUCGAGUUUCAAAAAAAGAAGUACCGGUGAAUGUACUAAGGUGGUACAACUUUAUUAAGUCACAGCCUGCAGUUUCCAAAACUUUGGAAGCUUUACCUGAUGAUGUUAAAUCAGCUUUGACACCUACUGCUCAUAGAAUAUCCCCAGAGAAGACCAAUGUUGGCAACAGAGCCCAAGAGGGUAAAUUUGUGGAAUUACCGGGGGCGGAAAUGGGGAAAGUUGUUGUUAGAUUCCCACCUGAAGCAUCUGGAUACCUUCAUAUUGGUCAUGCAAAAGCUGCUUUGCUCAACCAGUAUUACCAAGAAGCUUUCCAAGGGAAGCUGGUUAUGCGUUUUGAUGAUACCAACCCUGCCAAGGAAAAUCCCCACUUUGAAAAAGUCAUAUUGGAGGAUGUCGCUUUACUAGAAAUUAAGCCUGAUAUGUUUACUCAUACCUCCCAGUAUUUUGACCUAAUGCUUGAAUAUUGUGAGAAGCUCCUCAAAGAAAAUAAAGCCUAUGCAGACGAUACUGAUCCCGAAACAAUGAAAACACAGCGUGAACAAAGGAUAGAGUCAUCAAAUAGAAACAACACGUACGAACAAAAUUUGAAGCUUUGGGAAGAAAUGAAAAAAGGCACUGAAAAGGGGCAAAAGUGUUGCAUUAGAGCUAAAAUCGACAUGCAGUCGCCAAACGGAUGCUUGAGAGAUCCCACAAUAUACAGAUGUAAAAAUGAGCCACAUCCGCGAACAGGCGACAAAUACAAGGUUUAUCCAACAUACGACUUCGCUUGUCCCAUCGUCGAUGCUAUUGAAGGAGUAACCCAUACGCUGCGUACCAUGGAGUACCAUGAUCGCGACCCACAAUUUUAUUGGUUUAUUGAUGCGUUGGGUUUACGGAAACCUCAUAUUUGGGAAUAUAGUAGACUAUCAAUGACAAAUACUGUUCUUAGUAAACGAAAAUUGACCUGGUUUGUGAAUGAAGGUCUUGUGGAUGGAUGGGAUGAUCCUAGAAUGCCAACGGUGCGGGGUGUACUAAGGAGAGGGAUGACUGUUCAAGGAUUGAAAGAAUUUAUUAUUGCUCAAGGGUCCAGCAGAUCAGUGGUCUUCAUGGAGUGGGAUAAGAUUUGGGCUUUUAAUAAAAAAGUUAUUGAUCCAAUUGCGCCGCGGUAUACAGCUCUCGAUUUUGAUGAUCCAGUGACAAUUAAUGUGAUAGGAGCUAAGGAAGAAUGUCUUUCUGUACCUAAACAUCCUAAAAACGGUGACGUUGGGAUGAAGUCGGUUUGGACUAGUCCAAAGAUUAUUAUAGAUAGAGUUGAUGCAGAUUGUUUGAAAGAAGGAGAAAAUGCCACUUUUAUUAACUGGGGAAAUCUCUUGAUAAAGAAAAUUAAUCGAGAAAAUAAUGUGAUUACGUCAAUUGAGGCUGAACCAAACCUAGAGAAUAAAGACUAUAAAAAAACCUUAAAAUUGACAUGGUUAGCGGUAACAGAGCAAAGUAAAUUCACACCAACUUGGUGUGUUUAUUUUGAUCACAUAAUUAGUAAACCACUGCUUGGAAAGGAUGAAGAUUUUAAACAAUACAUUGGGCAUGAAACAAGAAAAGAAGUUCAAAUGAUUGGUGAUCCAGAACUGAAAAACCUUAAAAAAGGAGACAUAAUUCAGCUGCAAAGGCGUGGUUUCUUUAAAGUAGAUGUGGCGUAUGAACCCGUUAGUUUAAUCACCUGUAAAGAACAAUCAGUCAUUUUGUUUUAUAUUCCUGACGGUCAUACCAAGGAAAGUCCAUUUGCGAGUAAUACCAAAGCUCCAUCACCACCGGCCGAAAAAUCCACAACUAGUACCCCACCAGUUGCCCAAACCGCCAAAUCAGCAGCUGAACUUAACACCGAAAUUAUAAAACAAGGUGAUGUAGUGCGAAAUUUAAAGUCCCAAAAAGCAGCAAAGAGCGAAGUCGACAACGCCGUGAAAAUUCUUCUAACUUUAAAAACUGAUUAUAAGAAAAUAACGAACACCGAUUGGAAACCGGGGUGUGUGCCACCAGCUGAAACUCCUGCGUCACCAAACGCGACGGAUGUUGACGAUGAUUUAAACGCAAAACUGUCGUCACAAGCCGAUAAGGUCCGUAAACUCAAGUCCGAAAAAGCCGAAAAAAGCGUAGUUGAUAUUGAAGUUAAAGUUCUGCUAGCUCUUAAGCAGGAAUACAAGAAGAAAUUUGGGGUGGAUUGGGUUGCAGGUGCUCCUGCAGUAAAAGCAACCCCUAGUAAAGUCGAAAUUUCUGACGCUGGAAGUUUAGGUGAUAAGAUUGCAGCACAGGGAGAUAAGGUGCGAAAAUUAAAAUCUGAGAAAGCGGACAAAAGUGUGAUAGAUCUUGAAGUGAAAGCCCUCCUAGCCUUAAAACAAGAAUAUAAACAACAAUUUGGUAAAGAUUGGGUGGCACAGCCAGUCUCUAAAACACCACAGCCUGCAGCAAACAAUACCGCGUCCACUAAAACGGAGGCAGAAUUGCUUGAAGCAAUCGCUAAACAAGGGGAUGUUGUUAGACAACUAAAAACAAACAAAGCUGCAAAAAGUGAAGUAGAUCGCGAAGUUAAAGUUUUGCUGCAGUUGAAAGUCGAUUUUAAGAAUCUUACUGGAAAAGAGUGGAAGCCCAACAUGAAACCAGAAGUUAAUAACGUUUCAGUAAAUGGAGGAAGUGGAGACGUUUCUGCUUCCAAAGAUAUCCUAGUUGCUAAAGUUACGGAACAAGGAAAUGUUGUACGAGACUUGAAAGCCAAGAAAGCUGCCAAAGAUGAAAUCGAUGCAGCCGUUAAAGUUCUUCUGGAUUUAAAAGUUGAAUAUAAAGCUCUGACUGGGACUGACUUUCCAGUAGCUGGAAGAACUCCAUCUAAACCCAAAGAACCACAACCAAAAAGUGCAAAGGAAAAAUCUGCUCCAAAAGAGAAGAAAGCUGCUGUUGUUCCAGCACCAUCCGACGAAAGCGGCGUGAAAAAACAAACACGUUUAGGUUUGGAGGCCAAAAAAGAGGAAAACUUGGCCGACUGGUACUCCCAAGUUAUCACCAAAAGCGAGAUGAUUGAAUAUUAUGACGUUUCGGGUUGCUAUAUAUUCAGACCAUGGUCUUUUGCAGUGUGGAAGGUUAUUAAAGAGUGGUUUACAAGCGAAAUUGAUAAACUAGGUGUAGAAGAGUGUUACUUCCCGAUUUUCGUUUCACGAAAUGUUUUGGAGAAGGAAAAAACACAUAUUGCCGAUUUCGCUCCUGAAGUUGCUUGGGUGACGAAAUCGGGUGACUCGGAUCUCGCAGAACCCAUUGCUGUAAGACCAACGUCGGAAACUGUCAUGUACCCAGCUUACGCUAAAUGGAUACAGUCUUACCGAGAUUUACCCAUCAAACUGAACCAAUGGAACAAUGUAGUGAGGUGGGAGUUCAAACAUCCACAACCAUUUUUAAGAACUAGAGAGUUCUUGUGGCAAGAAGGUCACACAGCUUACGCUUCUCAGGAGGAGGCUUGUAAUGAAGUCAAAACUAUAUUAGAUUUAUAUGCGAGGAUCUACACCGACAUAUUAGCAAUCCCAGUCGUGAAAGGUCGUAAAACCGAGAAAGAAAAGUUUGCUGGAGGUAACUACACACUAACCGUUGAAGCUUUUGUUUCCGCAAGCGGCAGGGCAAUUCAAGGAGCGACGUCCCAUCAUUUGGGACAAAACUUUUCAAGAAUGUUUGAAAUAGUGUAUGAGGACCCAGAAACGCAAGAGAAGAAAUACGUUUAUCAAAAUUCGUGGGGUCUCACUACGAGAACAAUAGGUGUCAUGAUUAUGAUACAUGCCGAUAAUAAAGGUCUGGUUUUGCCCCCUAGAGCGGCGUGUAUUCAAGUCAUCAUUGUACCCUGUGGAAUUACUGUAGCGUUGUCAGACCAAGGAAAAAAUCAACUUCAGUCUUCCUGUGAUGCUUUGGAAGCAGAGCUUGCUAAAGCAGGUGUUAAAGUUAAAGGCGAUUAUCGUGGCAAUUAUUCUCCAGGUUGGAAAUUUAACCACUGGGAAUUGAAGGGGGUACCUAUACGUGUGGAGCUUGGACCCAAAGAUAUCGAAAAGCGACAAAUCGUUGCUGUGAGAAGAGACACCGGUGAGAAAAUAACAUUGUCGCGGGAUUCCGCAGCGGAAAAGUUGAAACAUUUAUUGGAUGAUAUUCAAACCAAUCUGUUACAAAAGGCUACCAACGAUUUGAAUAGUCACACUGUUUUGUUGAAAGAUUGGUCCCAAUUUGCCGUUAAUUUGGAUAAGAAAAAUAUAAUUUUAGCUCUAUUUUGUGGCGACGAGAAUUGCGAGAAUAAGAUUAAAGCAGACAGCACUCGUGACGACGGUGAUGGUGCUGAACCUGGGGCGCCUUCCAUGGGUGCCAAGUCUCUGUGUAUACCAUUAGAACAACCUGAAGCUGUCAAAGAUGGUGAUAAAUGUAUCCAUCCAGAUUGUACAAGGAAGCCAAUGGCAUAUACUUUGUUUGGUCGAAGUUAUUAAACUGCCUGUUUGCAGCGUGUUGGAAUAACUUUUUACACAAUAAAUAAUAAUAAUUA